GAGUCGCUGCCUUCAGUGCGGAAGUACGGAUGGCCGUAUUUACAUCAGCGCAGGUUACAGUUGACUGUAAUUCGUGACAUGUCCGUUUAAAAUAGGAAAUAUUGGGUAUUUUCGUCUUGAAUAAACCAGCAAUGUUGUGCUUUUAGUUGUACUUACAAAGAGAAGAAGAGAGGGAUGCAGCAAGAAGAAUAAUACGACUGAUGAACUUCUGCAGAGCAAACUGGCAGAAUACAAAAGCAACUGCGGUGUGUCAAACUCACUUCACUCCAGACCAGUUUGAAGCCAACAGAGCUGAUGGAGUGGAAAAACUUAAACCAAAUGCUGUGCCAACCAUAUUCUGUCACCGUAAGCCACCAGUGGUACGUAAAGCUACUGCUGAGAGGAAACCUGUGGGCCUACUAGAGAAACGUACUGAGGUUACGGAGGCUGGACAGCCUUCAAAUGUGACCACAAUGGCAUCAAUCCUGCAGAGAACUUGGACCCAAUAGAAGAUGAAGUCACCACCCUGAAGAACGGAGUAAAACAGCUUCAUGCUGAAAUUGAAGUUUUAAACUGAAAACUCAACCUCUCUUCUUUUGUGCCUUUUACUAAAGACAACCUCCUCGCCGGUGUGCAUGGUUUAUUCGGCGCAGAUUAGUUUGCAAUAUUAACAAAGGGGAAACACUGCAGUAAGGGCUGAAAGUUAGACUAACUUGUGGUGGUAUAGGGUACAAAGUACUGCUGGAAAAUAAACUUCCAUUUCCUUCAGACAGAACCGUGAGAUGUUCGCUACAGAAUGUAAAAUUUAGACCUGGUGUGCUGAAGGAGCUAAUGAGUUCCCUGAAAGUCAAGCUUGCCCUCUUGUUACCAGGGGAGAAACACCGUGUUCUCGUGAUGGAUGAAGUUAGUAUGACUCCAUCAUUCGAAUAUGAUCGAAGCAAUGGCUGCAUCAUUGGUAAUGAUACGACACACCUCCAUCAAAUCUUGCCCUUGCAACAACUACAGCUUCUCGUGCAUUAGUUUUUAUGCUGGGUCUACCUCAAGGUGGAAACAAAUAAUAGAUUACCAUUACAGAGGGCCAUCUUUUCCCAGUUCUCAUGUCAGUGCUUUAACCACAGCUUGGUUUGUAAAGACGUUCGUAAGUGGUCUUGCCUCAUGACAUCCAGAGCUCCAGUUGUGGCUCUGAGUUGUUCUGAUGAACAAACAUACAGUGAGGCUCUCUGUCAUCUUUAGGACACUCUGUGAUUAUUUAAAAACUUGGAAAUUGGCCUGAACAGUGCCUGGAAACCAAUUCAGUCCGGCGUAGUUUUGAUAACUGCCAGUAUUUUGGAAUUUUAGGACACAUUCCUGAAUGAGAAGAAAUAUAAAUUUUUGCUGUCGAGUAGAUUUACAAAAGAUCCUUAGAAAAUCUGUUUUCAAUGGUCAGGUUCAAAAGUCCCAUACCAGCACCACAAGAGUAGAAAUUGGCACUGAGGGUUAUUGCUCUUUCUCUGAUCUUUAUUACUGUCACAGAUAAUAAUGAAAAUAAAAUUAAUGGGGGAAUCGCUAAGUGAAGAUGAGGAUAAGUGUUCUGAGGAAGUUGAUGACCCCCUUUGUAACGCUGUGUGUGGUGAUGAGCACCAGUCCCUCUACUAUUUAUGUGGUCACACUGUUAGGCAAGCUAAGAAGCGUCAUGAACUUUGCAAAUUUUUCGAGGGGAGCCCAAUAGCGUCCAGAGAAAAUGUCUGUAUGUCUGUGAACGUGCUUUUACAACUAAAAUCCUUUACAGAGACCUCACUUAUUGAGCCACCAAGUGAGGUUUUGUGUGUAUUUCAAAAGGCAGAGGUGUAGUUGAGAAGCAAACAACAAGAUGUUACUCUCAGGUGAAUUGUUGCUCUCUGAUGUAGCCACUUCCGUGUUUUCCCAGCCUGCCACAGUGUACAGGAGAAAAUAAUUCAGUUUCCUGGCAACAAGAAUUCAUCUGCUUCUAAGGGAGGCAAAUAAGAUAUAAGGUUUAGUAACACAAGGCAGUAGAAGCAGGCCAUGAGGAAAGGAAAGUUGUGCAGAAACUGACUUCCAAAAUCACUUUUUACUAGAUGAUUUGAAAAAUUGACAUACAUUAUUAGCAUGUUGAGACAUAAAAUCUGUGUUAACGAUUUUUCUUCAAAUGUUCUCAUUUUUCUUUUACGUACAGUUACUUUUAUAUUUUUGUUUUACGUUUCUUUCUCAGAGUGUGGAGUGCUUUUAUUAUCUCGUGUAAUACUUGCUACAUUCUGCAAGUAGAGUAUACCCCUGUCAAGGGUUCAGAAUGAUGCAUAUAUAAAUAAAAACUUCAUCUUUCAACCUGU